CACGCGGGCCGCGCGGCGCGAAGCGAGAGCCUUUCCUGGCCAGGACGUCGCCGCCUGUGCGGGCUCGAGCCGGCCAGUCCGGGCGGACGGGCGGAAAAGCCCGUCGGCGCCGGGUCGCUGGAACACGCCGAGUCGCCCGGACGUCCCUGAUUACCGUUGUUGUUGUUGUUUGUACUUCGAGCACGAAAUUCCCUGCGCCUCCUCCCCUGCGGCCCCACCCGCUGCUCCUCCUCCGGUUGUAACACGCCAUUAGGGAGCCUGCGACCUCAUUGCCAGGGGUUCUAGAGUUCGCAUUCAGCCACCAUGGGGAAUGGGAUGAACAAGAUUCUGCCUGGCCUGUAUAUUGGCAACUUCAAAGAUGCUAGAGAUGCAGAGCAAUUGAGCAAGAACAAGGUGACACACAUUCUGUCCGUGCACGAUAGUGCCAGGCCUAUGUUAGAGGGGAUUAAAUACCUGUGCAUUCCAGCAGCGGAUUCACCAUCUCAAAACCUGACAAGACAUUUCAAAGAAAGUAUUAAAUUCAUUCAUGAGUGCCGACUCAGGGGAGAGGGCUGUCUUGUACACUGCCUGGCCGGUGUCUCCAGGAGUGUGACGCUGGUGACUGCGUACGUCAUGACUGUCACUGACUUUGGCUGGGAGGAUGCCCUGCACACCGUGCGUGCUGGGCGACCAUGCGCCAACCCCAACCUGGGCUUCCAGCGGCAGCUCCAGGACUUUGACAAGCACGAGGUCCACCAGUACCGGCAGUGGCUGAAGGAAGAGUAUGGAGAGAGCCCUUUGCGGGAUACAGAAGAAGCCAAGAAGAUUCUGGGUAAAUAUAAAGAGCAAGGGCACACAGAGCCCCAGCCUGGCACCUGGAGGGGGAGCAGCUGCCAGGUCCUGCCUCCUCGGGCCUACAGCAACUGCACCACAGAGACCUGAGCCACGCUGCCGCUGCCGGGCACCCUGGUGUGACGGCUGCUGCCUCAGAGGACAGCAGAGGGCGGGUGGCGAAGAAGGUGAUCCAGGCUCCUUCCCAGGACCCCACCCAGCCCUGCCUCAGGCCCCUGCACUCAGCCCACCGCUGCCCAGCCAAAGCUUGCCACCCGGCCUGGAGGGUGCCCUGCUGUGCAGCCCGUGCGUGUGUGUGCACACAUGUGUGAAUGCCUGUGGGCGUGUUAGUGUGUGAACAGUGCUGGAGCUGGAACAGUCACAGGAUCCACACUGCCUGCCUUGGUACUCCACCUUUCCCUCUUCCAAGACUCCAGAGGAAGGCUUUAAAGCUGACCUCUGAGAUGCUGCUCAGCCAGAAGCAGCCUAUGCCUGUGGGGACAGUGAGGAGGACUCAGGGCCAGCAGCUGAAAGCAGCAGCCGCCCCCAGAACCCAGGGUGGCGUGGCGCGGCGGCAGGGGGCCGGCUGCCUCCUGAGGGUAGUUCCAGGGGCCUUGAAAGGUGUGUGUAUGGGGGGGAGUUGGUGCUCUGAGCGCUGCCUCCCUCUCAACAAGAGUGCCCCACACCUUGGCUCCCUGCUGCCUCAAGGCAAGGCCCCCAUUCCAGCCUGUCAGGUACCUGGGGGAGUUCUACUUGGUGUUUGUGCUCUGUGGCACUGACUGCAUUUUAGUUCCAUGGGUAGCAUUACCCUUCACCCAGAGCACCCUUCCUUUCUCUUUCUGUCAGCCUCACUUCCUCCCAACCUUUUGGUGUCCUUACUCGGCAUGGGCCUCUUCUCCAGGUCUGCAUGCACCUUCCGGGACUGGGAAGAAAGAGCAUUCAUUAGGCACUGUAGCAGUUUGCAUUUAAAAACUCAUUUAAAAAUGCCUGAGCACUUAUUAAGCACCUUUGUGUAUGCUGUGGAUUUGAUAUUUGAUCUCAGCUACCUCAUUAAAUGUUUUUUGAAAAGGUGUUUUUCGUUAUUCCAAUGAAUUCUGCCUCAUAGUUGAAAAUGUUCGGUUAUGAUUGUUUUUGAAGCCAAAGGGAAAGCAUCAAUAUCAUUGAGCUAUUUAAAGUUUCUGACUUGGGCUCCAGUAAUGCUUUCUGGUGGGUAAAAUUCCAUGUUCGGGCCUAGGCCCGCAGGUCAGGGAGUGCCUGCAGUUUGCAGCUUGGGCCAGUGGACAUCCUGGCGUGCUGUGAGCUAUCUGUGGUGCAGCCCUUUUUAUCAACUCAGAGUUAAGCACGCAGAGCCACAGAAUCAAAAAGUGCACUUGGCCUCACCCUAAAGACAUGUUGCAGUCCAUCCCUCUGAUUCUACCACAAAGAGAGACCCUGAAUAAAAAGAGCCGUUUCCCAUGCGUUUAGAGGGUAUGUCACAGGUGAACUCUUUGGGGACCAGGAAGAACGAAGUCUAAACACUCGUACAGGCCCCAAAUACUAAAAGAAAAGGAAACAUGGUCAUAGAAUUAUCCAUGUACAGCUGAAAGACUUUGCCUAUAAAGUACAUUUUUUUCCUUAAACCAAAAAGAAGUGUAAGUAUGUUAACUGGAAAAGUAUUUAGGAUAUCAGCUUGAAUGCUGAUAUGUGUAUACAUUUAUGAACAUCUGAAUAUAUUCCUGUAGAUCUUGAAAUGUUGUUUUAAUAUUUGUUGCCAGUAAUGUUCUUUCUCCACAGCCACACCGGGAAUUCUGAAGUAUUGGGCCUUUCUCAGAAGACUGUAAUGUACCUGAAGUUUCUGAAAUAUUGCAAAGCCACAGAGUUUAGUCGGGUGCUGCCAAAAAGAAAAGCAACCUAGAGUUUAAGUAUCCAGAAGUGAUUUGUAAACUUGUUUGGUUUUCAUUUUAAACUGAAUACAUACAUAUAUAAUCCUGUUAUUACAUGCUGAGAACUAAGGAUACUCUUUAGCAAGAGAAUAUAUUUUUACCUUAAUUUCACUACUAUGGUUGUUUCUUUCACCUUAUCUUUAAUGCCUUUAAAGCAAUCUCAAGAGCCCUGCUGCACUGUUUUGGUUUCUGGUUAGGAAUCAUGAUUGCUUCUCAUGACGAUUGUGCUGCAUCGUGUGUUCUUAAAUUCCCCAGCUUGGAACAUAACUCUUGGUGUGUGUUUUAUCCAUGGUUUGUGUUCUCCAUGGUAGCAAUUUCCCAAAGCUCCAUGUUUUUGUUAAUAAAAGGCCCCAUUUAACUUCA